CCACAAUGAAAGGCGGAACACCUUCCUGCACCCAGUGACGGGACAGAUCCCCGAGGACACCCCAAGGCUUGGCUUGCAAAAACAGAGCUCGGACAUGUCCAGCAAAGCGGCCAGCAAGCGGCCGGCCACCGUCCCCAGCGAGCCCCCCAACCACGCCAUGGUGUCGGAGGCACCGCCGGAGCGUCCUGGAGGCCGGGUGGGUGCCCAGGGCCGGACGGGGAGCCGGGAACCCGCAGGGCAGGCUCUGAGCGUCUCCUCUCGCCCCGCGCAGGCUCCGCGCUCAUCCCGCAAGGGCAUCGCCUUCGGGAAGCGCUCCAACUCCAUGAAGAGGAACCCCAACGCCGCCGUCACCAAGAGCGGCUGGCUCUACAAGCAGGCCAGCUCGGGGGUCAAGCAGUGGAACAAGCGCUGGUUCGUGCUGGUGGAUCGCUGCCUCUUCUACUACAAAGACGAGAAGGAGGAGAACAUCCUGGGCAGCAUCCCCCUGCUCAGCUUCCGCGUGGCCGCCGUGCAGCCCUCGGACAACAUCAGCAGGAAGCACACCUUCAAGGUGACGGUGUGCUGGGUGGAGGAGCUGCCGCCGGGUAACGGGCGGUCCCUGUCUCCCCAGGCCGAGCACGCCGGCAUCCGGACCUACUUCUUCAGCGCCGAGAACACGGAGGAGCAGGAAUCCUGGAUCCAGGCCAUGGGCGAGGCCGCCCGGGUGCAGAUCCCCCCCACCCAGAGGCACGAGAAGCCGGACUCGGAGAACAUCCCCCCCAGCAAACACCACCACCACCACUGCAACGCCGCCCACCGCGAGCACCCCAAGGCCGAGCCCGACGCCAAAACCCGCGGCGAGGGCGACGGCCGCGGCUCCGAGAAGAUGGAGCGCAAACCGUCCGAGCGGCCGGACGGCAAGAAGGAGCCCUUGGCCAAAGCCAACGGCACGGCCGGGCAGGAACCGCCCUCGGAGCCGGGCAGCCCGUACCCCGAGGGGCCGCGGGCGAGCGCCGAGCGGCCGGUACAGCCCAACGGGUGGCCGUACCCCUCGCCCGGCCGGCCCGGCAGCGUCGCCUUCCCGCCGGGCGGUGACGGUGACGGCGGGGCCCAGCGCCGGGGCGGCGCCCCCCGCUCGCACCCCGAGAAGCUGGCGCAGCGCAAGAGCUCCAUGACGCAGCUGCAGCAGUGGGUGAACUCUCGCCGCGCCGCCGGGGCGCCCGAGGAGCUGCGCAGCCCCACCAGGUUCUACCCCGUGUCCCGCCGGGUGCCCGAUUAUUACUCGCCCUACUCGCCGCAGUACCCCGAGGAGUACCAGUACUACCCGCCGGGCGUGCGCCCCGACAGCAUCUGCUCCAUGCCCGCCUUCGACCGCGUCAGCCCKCCCUGGGCUCUGGACGACAAACGCCACUCCUUCCGCAACGGGGGACCCUUCCAGCUCCGCGAUUGGAAGGAGCACCCCGGUUUCGGUCGCCAGGACGUGCCUCUGUGGCUACCGGCGCCCGGGCGGCCUCCGAGCUACCUGGACGAGGUGGACGCGGCCUCGGGCUCGCUGCGGAGGAUGUCGCUGCAGCCGCGGUCGCGCUCCGUGCCGCGCUCGCCCAGCCAGGGCUCCUACGGCCGCGCCAGGGUUUACUCGCCCGUGCGCUCGCCCAGCGCCCGCUUCGAGCGGCUGCCGCCCCGCGGCGACGAGAUCUACGCCGACCCCGCCACCUUUGUCAUGCGCAGGUCCAUCAGCUCGCCCAAGUACGAUUACCUGGGUGACAGGCGGCCCGUCCCCGCCGGGAUGUACCCGUACCACUUCCCGGCGUCCCCCACCAUCCAUGACAAAAUGGAUGAACUUUUAGACCUUCAGUUGCAAAGAAACCUAGAGUAUUUGGACCAGCAGAUGAGCGAGAGCGAGACCCUCAUCACUAUGGUGAACAGGAUGGUGGAGACCUCCUCCCCUAGGGCCCAGCUCUACAUGCAAGUGACGCCUUUCCCGGAGCCCUUCAGGGACAGCGUGCACCCCUACAAGAUCAGCGAGCAGGACACCGAUAAGCUGCUGGGGAAGCUCUGCGAGCAGAACAAGGUGCUGCGGGAGCAGGAGAGGCUGGUGCAGCAGCUGCGGGCCGAGAAGGAGAGCCUGGAGAGCGCCCUGAUGGGGACACACCAGGAGCUGGAGAUGUUYGGGAGCCAGCCCGCCUACCCGGAGAAACUGCUGCACAAGAAGGAAUCGCUGCAGAACCAGCUCAUCAACAUCCGGGUGGAGCUGUCCCAGGCCAUGGCCCUGGGCCCCUCGGGGACCUACAGCUCCAACAGCCCCGCCAGCCCCCUGAGCUCCGCCAGCCUCACCAGCCCCCUGAGCCCCUUCUCCCUCAUCUCCGGCUCCCAGGGAUCGCCCACCAAGCCGGGCCCCGGCGAGGAACCGGGCCCGCCUCGACCUCCCCUCCCCAAGUCCUACGUGCCCCUGGAGUCUCCUCCUCCGGCCGUUCCUCCGCUCCCCAGCGAGAGCCGCCUCUGGCCCUACCCCGCCUCCCCUUCCUGGCACCAAAGCGCUGGAGAGGCCAAGCGGGGACAGCCCAAGCCAGGCUUCGAGCAGAGCAAGAAGGAGCCCCCCCGGCCCAGCCCCCCCGGCCCCGCKGCCGAGGGGCUCCCGCAGARCCGGCCGGAGCAGGACGGGGACAAACUCAACAAGGUGGGAAUCGUCCCUCCCAGGACCAAAUCUCCGGCGGAGGAAGAGGCGGUGCAGCGGAGGAACGGCCUGGCCAACGGGCUCRGCUCCCGGGAGCGACCCAAGAGCGCCGUGUUCGCCGCCGAGACCAAGGUGAAGAUGAGCGUGGAGGAGCAGCUGGACCGCAUGAAGCGGCACCAGAGCGGCUCCAUGAAGGAGAAGCGGCGCAGCCUGCAGCUCCCCAGCCCCCAGCAGCUGCCGGGCCCCCACCUGGCGGGGGUGCUGACCCCGGGUGCCGUUGCCAGCCUGCAGAAUGUCAUCCCCCUGGGCGAGGGGGAGGUGGACACCCCCCAGGACCCCGAGAUGCAGCUGCAGGAGCAGGAGAAGAGGAUCGAGAUCUCGUGCGCCCUGGCUGCCGAGGCCUCGCGGCGCGGCCGGAUGCUCUCGGCUCAGUGCGCCACCCCCAGCCCUCCCACCUCCCCAGCCUCCCCGACUCCGCCGACCACCCCUCUCUCGGCCGAGCCUUCCCGGGGCGCCGACAGCAGCCACUUAAUGCGGGUGUGAGCCUCUGACCUCAAGCCCUGGCUGCUGCCGGCGCCGUCAAAUUCCACGGGGCCACGUUUUAGUCCCCUCCCGACG